AUGGUAAGUAAGGGAGCGGAGAGGUCUACUUCAACCCAGGCGCCCACCAUCCACAAACAACGAUGCGACACUAGCCAAGCUGGUAGCAACAGAGAUCGGCCUUGCAGCUCUCCUGGUGGCCUGUCAUCUACGACACCGGAUCACUCCGAGCCUAAGCAGCCAGGAAAUAUUCAAGACCUCCUCGAAUACAGACUUGAUAAGUCGAGCAGACCGAAGAAUAGGUCAACGGCAACCAAGUCUGGAUCUGCGAACGAAUCAAUACUCACAAAGAAAGAUGUGAAGACAAUUCUCUCUGGCGCGCCUCACUUUCUGUUGGAGAAGGGCAAACAUGGGCGGUGGUAUCCCCAAGUGAUCUUUCCCUGGGAUGAGCAAAACCCCGUAGUUCAACAUCUGUGGGAUCGCAAGCCGUUACCACAUGCCUCAUUUACCCUGAGCACACUUCAUGCUCAUUUGCCGGUUCCGGACGACUGGGCUGUGAAAGGUGGAGUGCCUAUUCAACUUUACGACUGGCGCCGAACAGACGCUACCAAUAGGGCUACUUUCGAUGUCGGGGUAUUUGAGGUGCCCAACAUGUUGUCUAACAAUGGAAAGGAGCCCGGUACCGUUGGCUUUCGACAUUUCCUUGAGCUGUCUGUGGCGGAUGCUGUUCGAUAUACGGGUCCCGAAGAACCUAGGCAAUCACCAUACUUGCAGCGGGUCGCAACCUUGCCAGCGACAGAGGCCUUUGAUUUGAUGGAGGGCUACAACAAACCGUAUUCUCAAUGCCAAAGCGGUGCUGUUUACGAUCGUCACCAGCUCAUCGGUGGUGGCCCUCAGGCCUGGAAGCGCAUUGGUGUGCGAGAUAUUAGUCUUCAAGUUCUCGUGCAACGGCUUAAUCAUUUGCGGCAGUUCAGACAAGACAUGCUUCGAGAGGGAUCAACAAAGACAAUUUUGGACAUUGAAACUCCGCAUCAAUUGCACGAUUCUUUGCAUUCUCGCUUUCUUCACCCCCACCCGCCACCUGCCGACAUCCUGGCAGGCCAUCCCCAUAGCAUCAAAUCUCAGAUCAAGACAUUGGGUAUUGUGCUGAACACUCCAGGUGCAUGGAUUGAUUUCAGCACGCCUGACUGGCGAUUCCGGGCCGGGCAGGUUCUAUGGGAGGCUUCAUUCGAGGGUGACGGGGAUUGUCCCGAGCCUGGGUCAAGCGGUGGCCGCUCACCACAAGAGAACCUGAUCAAGUCUGGGAUGGAACGAAAGUGGCUGAUGAUCCAGAUGCUUCUCUCCGCAGAACUGCUUCUUCGGCUGGAUGCGUUUGUUCGAGUUGGUAUGUUACACGAUCCACAUGGGGGUCAUAUUACAAUACAGGAACUGUCUCAAUUCGACAAGCUGCGAGAAGGAAAGGUCAACUGGGAUUUGAUUGUUGUGCGUCGGUUCCUUGACAGUCUGGACAUUACUUGCGCAUCAUCCCAAUCAAAAGUGCCGCCAGACGCAUCUCGGUCACCCGCUUCACCCAACAAGGUGCCCGAGAAAGCUCGUUACUUUUCCUUCAUGGAGACUCUCACUCGACACAAGUCAUCCCAGGCUGUGACCCUGCAGUCUGCCUGGGAUUGCCAGCUAAGCUCAUCGCACGCCCGACAACAGCUGGAAGGGCUUUAUGUUUUCGCUGAAAAUAUUGGAUGGCCAAACCUCGAUGGUUUGAAGGCUACCCUGAACUUUAAGCUGGGAGAUGCAGAGAACCCGGUCCUUCCAGCCUUGGUUGUUGAUGACAGGGGGGUGGAAUCUAUAUCCAGUGGGACUUCACUGGCCAAGAAGGAUAUGUACACCCGAAACCCCUGCCGCCAGCGCGUGAAGCUCCAUAGCUCUGGUGACCCACAAUCUAAAUCACUAGGCUGGAUUUCACGCACGUGGUUAUCUGGAUUUGUGAUCCCCGGUGAGGCAAUCAGUCAUCUUCUCAUGGCUACAAUACUAGAGAAUGAUGUUGACGCUCUUGGGCAACUGGGUCCCAUUGCCAAUCUCCACGGGGGAUUUGUCUUCGGUGGACGUACUUGGUGGAGCAAAGCAUGCAUCGUUGGGCGGGUUCUGUCUAGUGCAUCAGGAGCCAAGACAUGCAUGGGGUGGAUCAGCAGCAACAUUCUUCCCCGCGAUAAAAAUACACAGGAGAUGCUUGAGUGUGGUUGGUUUGAUCUCACUGCUGAGCAGGUACCACAGAUUUCAUGUAAGCCUCGAAUCAAGCAGGGUGCUAAACUUGCGAUGGAGUCAUCACCGCUGGGCGAGGGAGAUAUCACCGCAGAGGCCUUUAUGCUUCCACAGGAAGAAGCCGAGUUACGCACAACAUCUACGUGUCAAGUGAAGUUGGUGGAUUUAUCGGUCAACCGUGCCAGCUCUCCAUGCGACAAUGGAAAGACCCUUAUACCUGUGAACGAGACAAGUUUAUCGUUCACCAUCGAUGAAGAAGGAGGCACUACCGCCGUUUUGUUUGCCCUGAAGUAUAAUGUACGCUUCAUAUCCGCCCACGAGUGCCGUGUACCAUUGGGAGUCGCCAGCAGAAGCCACGUCGACCGAAAGCAAGUUGAAGCAGAAGAACCUACACAGCCACCGGAUUCUAAAUGGACCCGACUACCAAGUCAUCCACUGCACCGUUCCUAUUCAUAUAAGUAUGUCCCGCUCGCUUGUCUCCCAAACACCUCGGCACCGCAGGCACCGCGAUCCUCGCUAGUUAAGGACCCUUCCACCCCGGAGAUUAUCAUCAUCGAUGCGCGAGGCGACCAGGCCAGGGAAACGUUCGUUCGAGCAUGGUGCGCAUCUGUCGGGUGUCAUGCGAUCAUUAGUCGAUACGGGCGGGCAUGCAUCGCGUGUUGUAUCCGACAAGCUCGGGCGCUGAAUGUUCCAGUCGUGGUGCGCGUGAGCGACUAA